AAAACAUUAAAAAUGGGUGAUAUUGCGACAACAAGCUUUCUGCAUCUAGGGGACAUCGUGUCUCUGUAUGCAGAAGGCAAUGUUUGUGGAUUUUUGAGCACUCUCGGAUUGGUCGAUGAUAGAACUGUUGUCUGUCCUGAAGCAGGAGAUCUUGGAAACCCUCCCAAAAAAUUUAGAGAUUGUUUGUUUAAAAUAUGUCCUAUGAAUCGAUAUUCUGCUCAAAAACUUUGGAAAGCUGCUAAACAAAGUGCAAGUGCAAACACUGAUGCAAAUUUAUUGAAAAGAUUACAUCAUGCAGCUGAGAUAGAAAAAAAGCAAAAUGACACAGAAAACAAAAAGCUUCUUGGAUCCGUAGUGCAAUAUGGCAGUGUUGUGCAAUUACUUCAUCUCAAAUCUAACAAAUUUCUUACGGUCAACAAAAGAUUACCAGCGUUGUUAGAAAAAAAUGCGAUGAGAGUAUAUCUUGAUGCUAAUGGCAAUGAAGGUUCUUGGUUUUACAUUUUACCAUUUUAUAAACUAAGAGCUACUGGUGAUAAUGUUGUUGUCGGUGAUAAAGUGAUUUUAAAUCCAGUCAAUGCUGGUCAACAAGUUUUGCAUGUGGCAGCAAAUUAUGAACUACCAGAUAAUUUGGGAUGCAAAGAGGUGAAUGUGGUAAAUUCCUCAACAUCAUGGAAAGUGACUUUAUUUAUGGAACAUAAAGAAAACCAAGAUGAAAUUCUCAAAGGUGGAGAUGUUGUCAGAUUGUUUCAUGCUGAACAAGAAAAGUUUUUGACAAUGGAUGAGUAUAAGAAGUUCCAGCAUGUGUUUCUGCGAACAACUGGAAGAACUAGUGCAACCGCUGCAACUAGUAGUAAAGCUUUGUGGGAGAUUGAGGUUGUUCAGCAUGAUCCUUGCAGAGGGGGUGCAGGACACUGGAAUUCAAUAUUCCGUUUCAAACACCUUGCGACUGGCCAUUAUUUAGCUGCGGAAAUCGAUUCUGUAUCAAAUGAAGAACAGAAAAAUAAUAGCGAAGAUAGUUUAGCUGUCGAAACAAGUGUUGAUGCUAACACAUUAUAUCAUCUGAUAUCUGUGCCGCACUCUACUGAUAUUGCAUCGUUGUUUGAACUUGAUCCAACAACUAUGACAAGAGCAGAUUCUUUAGUGCCUCAAUCCAGUUAUGUUCGGCUGCAUCACAUUUGUACAAAUACCUGGGCUCAUUCUACUUCUAUACCCAUCGACAAGGAUGAUGAAAAGCCUGUGAUGUCAAAAGUUGGUUGUGCCAUAGUUAAAGAAGAUAAAGAAGCAUUUGCUUUGAUCUCCGUUUCUCCAGUUGAAGUACGUGAUUUAGAUUUUGCUAAUGAUGCUUGCAAUGUUUUGUCAGCAAUGUCUGUAAAACUAGAAACUGGAACAAUAUCUCAUAAUGAAAGAAGAGCCGUAACUGCUCUAUUACAAGAUAUAGUUUACUUCAUUGCGGGAAUGGAAAAUGAGCAAAAUAAAUCAGAAGCAUUAGAAUUAAGUGUAGCAAAUCCUAAUCGUGAUAGGCAAAAGUUACUUAGAGAACAAUAUUUAAAACAACUAUUUAGAAUAUUGCAGGGACCGUUCUUACCUUCGGCGGACGGGUCAGCACCAUUUUUGAAAAUUGAGGAACUUAAUGAUCCUCGUCAUGCACCUUAUAAAUAUAUUUUUAGACUGUGUUAUAGAAUAUUACGCUUGAGUCAACAGGAUUACAGAAAAAAUCAGGAACAUAUAGCUAAACAUUUUGCAUUUAUGCAAAAACAAAUUGGUUAUGAUAUAUUAGCUGAAGAUACCAUUACUGCUCUUCUUCAUAACAAUCGCAAAUUAUUGGAGAAGCACAUCACAGCAGCAGAAAUUGAAACAUUUGUUGGGCUGGUUCGAAAAAACAAACACAAUUGGGAAUCUCGUUUUUUAGAUUAUUUAUCAGAUCUGUGCAUUUCAAAUAAAAAGGCUAUUGCUGUGACGCAGGAAUUGAUCUGCAAAAGUGUACUUAGCACAAAGAAUUCAGACAUAUUGAUUGAAACAAGGUUAUUGAAACAUUUUUUUUUUUGAGGAGUCACAGUAAUUGUGAUCAGAAUUUAAAAUUGAAUUAUAUUUUUAUGUAAUUAAAUUUUUGUGAAAUUAUUAAAUAUUUUAUUGUUUUAUCACAGCUUGGUGAAAAAGGACAAAUCCUUUGUUAAAAAAAGUGGAAACAAAACUAGUUCUGAAGCAAUUAAUGAAGAUACUGAUAUUGUUUUAGCUUGGAAUAAUGGAGCAAAAUCUAUGCCAUUGUGUGAAAUAUCAUGCGGAUCUAAACAGGGUAAUCGGGAGUAUGAAUCUAUGCUUCAUUACUAUCGACAUCAGCUUAAUUUGUUUUCAAAUAUGUGCUUAAAUAGGCAAUAUUUAGCUUUAAAUAAUUUAUCACAUUUGGACAUUGACCUAAUUUUAAGGUGUAUGUCUGAUGAAAUGGUGCCAUAUGAUCUGCGUGCUUCCUUCUGUCGACUCAUGUUACAUCUUCAUGUAGAUCGAGAUCCUCAAGAACAAGUUACUCCAGUUAAAUAUGCUCGAUUGUGGUCCGAAAUUCCGACAAAAAUGUCUAUACAUGAUUAUGAUAAUAAUAAAUCUUCAGAUCAAAAUAAAGAAGCUGUUCAAGCACGAUUUAGUACAACAAUCAUGUUUGUUGAGGAUUAUCUGUGUAAUGUUGUAGCAAAAAUGUGGUCUUUUGUUGAUAAAGAUCAGAAUAAAUUAACAUUUGAGGUUGUGAAAUUGGCAAGAGACUUAAUUUACUUUGGAUUCUAUAGCUUUAGUGACUUACUUAGACUUACAAAAACUUUGCUAAGUAUCUUAGAUUGUGUUUCUGAAACAGAUGCACCAGACGGCCUUGUUUCUUCGGGAGAAGUGGAUUCGGAGGGUGGUGUUUUAAGAAGCAUUGGCGACAUGGGAGCAGUUAUGACUUCAUUGGCACUCGGACCAGCAAGUCGAGAAUCUGUGUCGCCAAUAUCAGGAAUUCAACAACGAAAAUCAGCUUCACAGUUAAUGAAGGAUUAUCCAUUGGUCAUGGAUACUAAAUUGAAAAUUAUUGAAAUUUUACAGUUUAUAUUAGAUGUACGAUUGGAUUAUCGUAUUAGUUGCUUGCUAUCAAUUUUCAAAUGCGAAUUCGAUGAAACUGAGCGAUCUUCAGUUGAUGCUGUAUUAUUUAGGCAAAAGAGUAUAGAUCUUGAAACCAUUGGUAGUCAAGCAGAGGGAAUAUUUGGAAGCAGUGAGGACAGCGCUGCAUUAGAUCUUGAUGGGCGAGGUGGUAAAACUUUCCUUCGAGUUCUUCUACAUUUAACAAUGCACGAUUAUCCAUCUGUCGUUUCUGGAGCUCUGCAUCUACUUUUUAGACAUUUCAGUCAACGACAAGAAGUUCUUCAAGCUUUUCGACAAGUUCAAUUGUUGGUUUCGGACAGCGACGUAGAAUCUUAUAAACAAAUUAAAUCCGAUUUGGACGUGUUGCGUCAAAGUGUAGAAAAAUCUGAAUUAUGGGUUUAUAAAUCUAGAUGCGUCGAAGAACAUGGUACUAAUGUCGGAGGUAAUAAUUUGGAGCUGGGACCUCCGUUACAUCCUGAACAAGCAGAGGAAUAUAAAAAGAUACAACAGAUUCUGAUUCGCAUGAAUAAACUUUGCACUCAAACUCAGAAUGGUGGUUUUGUGAAACCACGUAAACAUGAACAGCGUCUUCUUCGUAAUGUAGGUGUUCACACCGUUGUAUUGGAUCUACUUCAAAUUCCAUAUGAUGAAAAAGAAGAUACUAGGAUGAAUGAACUUAUGAGACUAGCACAUGAAUUUCUGCAAAAUUUCUGCUUAGGAAAUCAGCAAAAUCAAGUGCUUUUGCACAAACAUUUAGAUCUAUUCUUAAAUCCAGGGAUUCGUGAUGCUCAGACCGUAUGCAGCAUUUUCCAGGACAAUUCAACUUUAUGCAAUGAAGUUAAUGAAAAAGUAAUCCAACAUUUUGUGCAUUGCAUUGAAACUCAUGGACGUCAUGUGCAAUAUUUGAAGUUUUUACAAACUAUUGUCAAAGCUGAAAAUCAAUUUAUAAGAAAAUGCCAAGAUUUGGUUAUGCAAGAGCUUGUCAAUGCUGGAGAAGACGUGCUUGUUUUUUAUAACGAUAAAGCAUCAUUUAAUCAUUUCGUGGAAAUGAUGAGAAAAGACUGGAAUUCGCUGGAUGAAAGCAGUCCACUAAAGUAUCAUGUUGAACUAGUGAAAUUGCUGGCUUGUUGCACUAUGGGCAAAAAUGUGUAUACUGAAAUAAAAUGCAACAGCUUAUUGCCUUUGGAUGAUAUUGUGGCUAUGGUCAGCGAUCAGGGUUGUAUUCCUCAGGUCAAAGAAGCUUAUGUAGGAUUUUUAAAUCAUUGCUAUAUUGAUACAGAGGUAGAAAUGAAAGAAAUUUAUGCUUCUAAUCACAUGUGGAGUUUGUUUGAAAAAUCUUUUCUUGUUGAUAUGAAUACUGUUCUAAGAUCACAUGGUGAUAAAACUGCCUCAGAUGCUGCUUUGGAGAAUUACGUUACAAACGGUGUCAUGAACAUAAUUUCCACGUUUUUCAACAGUCCGUUUUCUGACCAGAGCACUACAGUUCAGACCCGCCAGCCAAUUUUCGUACAGCUUCUGCACACAGCCUUCAAACUAUCUCAGUGUAAUUGGCUUAAUGCAUCUCAAAGAUUUAAUGUUGAAAACUGCGUUCGAACGCUAUCAGAGAUAUCUAAAAUACGAGGCAUUGCAAUUCCUUCGGAUCUAGAAAUACAAGUUGCAUCGAUGUUCAACAAGGCUGCCAUGCUGACAAGACAGACCAGUAAAUGGUUACUGGCGUCCAAAACACCGAAAAUAGAAAGAUCUCAGUCACAGUUGAUACGGCUAGAUCGUAGUAUAAUCGAAGGCCUUCAGGACAUAGUAUCACUUUUAGAAGAUCAACUAAGACCAUUGGUACAAUCAGAAUUAUCUUUAUUAGUAGAUGUCCUGUAUAGACCAGCUUUCUUAUUCCCAGUUGGAACUGAAUCUAGAAAACGAUGUGAAAGUGGAGGAUUUAUCAGAAGGUUAAUCAAACAUACUGAAAAACUUCUUGAAGAGAAGGAAGAAAAACUUUGCGUCAAAGUCCUAAGAACGCUCCGAGAAAUGAUGGCUAUAGAUCCUGAAUAUGGAGAGAAGGGUGAUGCUUUGCGUAACCACUUGCUUGUUAGGUAUUUUGGAAAAAGUUUUACUCAAAAGCCAGAAACGGUUGAGCUGGGCGUUAAUUUCCAGUUGGCGAAUGUGACCCAUGGACCAGGCGCCAAGCUUCUUAGUCGUGCUGGCAGAACUUUACACGAAGUGCAAAGCCAUUUAGAUAGAGAAGGUGCAUCCGAUUUAGUAGUUGAGUUAGUCAUUAAAUCAAUUCACUCUCCAUCAAUUUUUGUGGAAGCUGUAGAAUUAGGUAUUGCACUUCUUGAAGGAGGAAAUCCUAUCAUACAGAAGAGCAUGUUUAGUAAACUGCUUGGAGGAGAUUUGAGCCAAGCAUUCUUUAAGGUGUUUUAUGAAAAAAUGCGUGAUGCACAACAAGAAAUUAAAUCUACAGUGACCGUUAACACUUCUGAUAUCGCUGCUAAAGCCCACGAGGAUAAACAGGACAACAAAGACCAUGACAAAAUAUCCCGAAAACAUUCUGAAAAACCAAACGGAUUAUUGCUUACUGACGAGCUUCGUGAUGAAAUUAACCAAGCAGCAGCAGCAUCAGCUCAAGCAUACGCCGGGGCCAAGAAUAUUCCACCAGGCACUGAACAUGUCUCAUUAGGAUUAAAUUCAGCUUUGGAAGAUAUGUUGGCAGAAAAAUUAGAUAAGCAUCGGGAAAUUGAAGAUCAAAAUAAAGUUUCUGCUAAAGUACUAGUUAUGCAGCCAAUUCUGAGAUUUUUGCAGUUGUUAUGUGAAAAUCAUAAUCCGGAAUUACAGAAUCUCCUGAGAAAUCAAAAUAACAAGACAAAUUUCAAUUUGGUUUCUGAAACGUUGAUGUUCUUAGACUGCAUUUGUGGUUCUACGACAGGUGGUCUAGGCUUAUUAGGACUAUACAUAAAUGAACACAACGUUGCCUUGAUCAAUCAGACUUUAGAAACUCUUACUGAAUAUUGCCAGGGACCAUGUCACGAGAAUCAGAACUGCAUAGCGACUCAUGAGUCAAAUGGCCUGGAUAUUAUAACGGCGUUGAUUUUGAACGACAUAAAUCCAUUAGGCAAAAGUCGUAUGGAUCUGAUAUUAGAGUUAAAAAACAAUGCUUCCAAACUAUUGCUGGCAAUUAUGGAAAGUAGAGGCGAUAGCGAAAAUGCGGAACGAAUCCUGUAUAAUAUGAAUCCCAAACAACUAGUUGACGUAGCCUGUCGCGCUUAUCAUCAAGAAAUUUUAGACGACGAUGACAAUCAUGAAGAUGCCAAUGACUUAGAUGAUAUUGUUUCUCCCAAAGAAGUGGGUCACAAUAUUUAUAUUUUAUGCCAUCAGUUAGCUCAACAUAAUAAAGACUUAGCUACACUAUUAAAACCAGCUGAGACUAAUAUAGAUCCGAAAAUGAAUCAAGCGCUUUUGUAUUAUGCCACUCAUACUGCUCAAAUUGAGAUUGUCCGUAAUGACAGAACAUUAGAACAAAUUGUAUUCCCGAUACCUGAAAUUUGUGAAUACAUAACAACAGAUACAAAAAUUAAAAUAUUGAAUACUGCUGAACGAGAUGACCAAGGAUCUAAAGUUUCUGAUUUCUUUGAUAGAACUGGACAAAUGUUCAAUGAGAUGCAAUGGCAGAAGAAACUGAGAGGUCAACCUUGGUUGUUCUGGGUUAGCAGUUACAUGUCACUCUGGAGUAACAUUUUGUUUAAUUGUGCUGUACUUAUAAAUAUGAUAGUUGCAUUUUUCUAUCCAUUCACAGAUAAUGUGCCAAACUUAGGUUCACAUUUAUCACUACUCAUCUGGGCUGUAAUGUUAUUAUCUGCCUUUAUAGUUGUUACACUUCCUAGAGAAUCUGGUAUUCGAACUUUAGUAGCUGCCACUAUAUUAAGAUUGAUAUUUUCUAUAGGACCUGAACCUACGUUACGAUUGCUCGGAAUUCUUACGGUGAUUUUAAAAGGAAUACACUUGGUUAGUAUCAUGGGAAAUCACGGUACAGUUACUAAACCAUUAUUCAAGAUUAUAACAGAUGCAGAGUUAUUAUACCAUUGUUCGUACUUAAUUUUUUGUCUACUCGGAAUUAUGUUUCACCCAUUUUUCUAUUCAGUGCUGCUAUUUGAUGUUGUUUACCGCGAAGAAACCCUAUUGAAUGUUAUUCGAUCUGUUACAAGAAACGGAAGGUCUAUUAUUUUAACAGCUGUACUUGCUUUGAUUCUGGUUUAUAUGUUCUCGAUUAUUGGUUACAUGUUCUUUAAAGAUGACUUUUUAGUCAGUGUUGAUGAAGAAAUUGUUUGUAAUGAAGGCAGUUCCGGGAGCUGCCGACGCGCUGAGUCGGACGGUCCAGCUCCUGGUGAAGUUGUGGUUGGUGGAGAAAUUAAGGAACGUGCGUGCGAUUCGCUGAUCAUGUGUAUAGUCACCACACUAAACCAGGGACUUAGAAAUGGAGGUGGCAUUGGAGAUAUUCUGCGAGCGCCUAGUAGCAAUGAGGGCCUAUUUGUUGCCAGAGUUAUAUACGAUUUAUUGUUCUUCUUCAUUGUUAUCAUUAUUGUUUUAAAUUUAAUUUUUGGUGUCAUUAUCGACACAUUUGCUGACUUGAGAAGUGAAAAGCAACAGAAAGAACUCAUUUUGAAGAAUACUUGCUUCAUUUGCGGACUCAAUAGAUCUGCUUUUGAUAAUAAAACUGUUAGCUUUGAAGAACAUAUCAAGUGUGAGCACAAUAUGUGGCAUUAUUUAUAUUUUAUAGUACUUGUUAAAGUUAAAGAUCCUACAGAGUUUACUGGACCGGAGAGUUACGUUUAUGCUAUGGUUAAGACUUGCAAUUUAGACUGGUUCCCAAGAUUAAGAGCCAUGUCAUUAGCUGCUGUUGAAGGCGAGGGAGAACAAGUAGAGCUCAGGAGUCUUCAACUAACAUUGGAAAACACACAAUUGCUUGUCACCAACUUAUCUCAACAACUAAUGGAACUUAAAGAUCAGAUGACUGAGCAAAGAAAACAGAAACAGCGCAUGGGUCUAUUGAAUUCGGCCUCAGCUUACCUACACAAUGUGCAUGCAAUGUGAAUUCAAUCAUUAGACCUAAAACAGUGCAAUCAUUCGUGCAAUUUAGGAA